UUGUCACUUGUCAAUUCUCAUGCCUCUUUCAUGGGCUCAUGGACGACCAGGUCUCCACCGAACCACAUAAUUAACUUGCACAUCAAGCCUUAUCCCGGCCGUCAUUGCUGGCGAUGAUUGCCGGUAUAUAGCCCGUCAUCAUGUUGCACUGUGGGGUCACGAUCCGGCGGCCAGGAUCAACUGACCCGUUGCAACUUAACGGAACGCUAAGAUCUGAAAGCACUGACCCCAGAGUAUCUUUGACGAUCGCUAAUACACCUACUACAACUUGACAAUGGCGACCAUUACAGAUUUACAGUGCAAGGAAACAUCGCAGACGACUUGUGGAUGUCUCCCUUAUAAAGUCACCCAGGACUCACACUGGGCAGCAGCCUUUGAACCCUUCAACUCCUUUGACGUUUGUGUUGUACUUGUACGUCCUCUUCACGUACGCACUACGCACCACACAUACACUUGUUUGGGUUUAUAUAGCCAUAGCAGCAUACCUCCAAAACGCCAAUCAAGGCUCUGCACUGCACGAUCAUCCACACACAUCUAUACACCGAUCGUGUCACCACUCACCAGCAGAGCACGAGCACGAGCACGGUACUCCAGUCGAUCCUGAGCCAUGUCGAAGCCAUCCUCGUCGUCGUCGCUGCUGCUGCUCCUCCUGCUGCUGCCGGCGACGCUGUUCUUCGCCGCCACCUGCCGCGCCGACCCGGACCCGGUGCAGGACUUCUGCGUGGCCGCGGCUCCUGCAGGCGGCCACGGCAACAACGCGUCCUACUCCACCACCUACCCGGGCUUCCCGUGCAAGCCGACGUCGUCGGUGGUCUCCGACGACUUCUUCUUCGCGGGGCACGCGAGCGCCGGGAGCACGGACAGCCCGAACGGCGCGGCCGUGACUUCGGGCAACGUGGAGGCGUUCCCUGGGCUCAACACGCUGGGCCUGUCCAUCAACCGCGUCGACCUGGCCCCCGGCGGCGUGAACCCGCUGCACACGCACCCGCGGUCGGCCGAGCUGGUGCACGUGGAGGCCGGCGAGAUGCUGGUCGGCUUCGUCAGCACGGAAGGGAAGUUCUACUCCAAGGUGGUCCGCGCCGGGGAGAGCUUCGUCAUCCCGCGCGGGAUGAUGCACUUCCAGUACAACGUCGGCACCGGCGCCGCGCGCGCCAUGACCGUCUUCAACAGCCAGCUGCCCGGCGUCGUGCUCGCCGCGCAGUCCCUGUUCGGCGCCGAGCCCGAGAUCCCCGACGCCGUCCUGGCCAAGAGCUUCCAGGUGGACACCGACACCAUCAAGCUCCUCAAGUCCAAGUUCCGCGAAGGAUGAUAAUAGGCUGAUGUAUAGCGCGCGCGCGCGUGGCCAUGCAUGCAUCCAAUGGUGGUGGGUGUGACCGGUUACAUUACAUGGUCGGAGCUGCGGCUCGCUAGAUUCUUCGUUGUUCCGUACAGGCAUACAGUUCUUUUUUAGUACAUAAUGUUGUUUCGCAUUAAUACUUUUUUUUGAUUCGAUCAAUAAUAAAGCUCACAAAUACUGUGAGUACGCACA